AUGGCAGCCUCAAGUACUGAGAGUUUUGUAUCCGCACCAAAAAUGAAAAAGAAGAGGGAAAGGGGGUCCAACUGGACCCCUGAAGUCACCAUUCUACUUGUGGAAUUGGUUGAGGUCCAGUUGGAGAUGCUUAGGGCAAAGUUUAGUAACGAAGUCAGCAACAGCCUAAAGAUGAAUGUCUGGGAUGGUAUUGCAAUGAAGGUGUCAACCCUGGGAACAACCAGAACUGCAACCCAGGUGAGGGAGAAGUGGAAUUCGUUGGUUUCCAAGGCCAAGGAGGUGCAUGGGCAGCGUCGACAACACAUGGGCAAAACUGGUGGCGGGGCAUGUAUGGCGCCAUUGAAUGCCAUCACAGAGAAGAUCAUUGACAUAUUCAAAGAUGAUGCUAGCUUCAAUGGUGUUGUUGAUAGUUUUGAAACAACAAUUGGCCAGCCUCAACCCCUGGAUAUGCCUUGCAAGAAGAGGAAGACAGUUGUUGACCCACAUCAUCAUGGGGUGCAAGCCAGCACAUCUGGUGGACACCUUGCAAAGAAAUGA